CCGGGCCGGGGCGCAAUAAAUGGCGGCGGAGGGAGGCGGAGCGGCGGCCACGCUCAGCUCAGAGCCCCCGAAACUUUAGACUCGAAGCCCCAGAACUUUCCGGGAAGUGCUGCCGCUCCGGGGGCGUGGACGGAAGGGGAAGCCGAGGCGGGAAGUCUGGGGGGAAGCGGCGGGGAGCCGGGGAGACUCGAACCCGCGGCGGGGGCGGUGGUGGAGUCUGCCCGUGCCUCGCGCCGCCGCGGCCCCCGCCUCCUUCCCCGCGCCCUUCCCUCGGUCGCGGAGCCGGAGCCGCGCGCCGAGCCGAGCCCGGGACUGCGCCCUCGCAGGCGGCGGCGCGCCGAGCCUAGCCGGGCCCCCUCCUCGCGUCCUCCGGGCCCUGUUGCUCGGGCGCCCCCCGCGCGCGUGAGGCCGGGGUUGGGGCUCCUCGCGGCUUCUCGGGGCGAGGAGGAAGCCGGGCCGCGCGCAGCCCCCGCCGUCCCGGGGUCGUGGGGCCGGGUCCCGGGUCUUGCAUGCGGGGCGGGGCGGCCGUGAGCCGGAGGCGAAGAUGGAAGGCUUAACGCUGAGCGAUGCGGAGCAGAAAUACUACUCGGAUCUCUUCUCCUACUGCGACAUCGAGAGCACCAAGAAGGUGGCGGCCAACGGGCGGGUGCUGGAGCUAUUCCGGGCCGCGCAGCUGCCCAACGACGUGGUCCUCCAGAUUAUGGAGCUUUGUGGUGCAACGAGGCUUGGUUAUUUUGGAAGAAGUCAGUUCUAUAUCGCUUUGAAACUUGUAGCUGUUGCCCAGUCUGGUUUCCCUUUAAGAGUGGAAAGUAUAAAUACAGUAAAGGACCUUCCUCUGCCAAGAUUUGUUGCUUCAAAGAAUGAACAGGAAUCUCGCCACGCAGCCUCAUAUUCUUCAGAUUCUGAAAAUCAAGGGUCUUAUUCUGGUGUAAUUCCCCCACCACCUGGCAGGGGACAAGUGAAAAAGGGAUCUGUAAGCCAUGAUACUGUCCAGCCUCGUACUUCUGCAGAUCAGCAGGAACCUGCGUCCCCGGUAGUUUCACCCCAACAGUCCCCACCAACUUCUCCACACACUUGGAGGAAGCACAGCCGUCACCCUAGUGGGGGAAAUAGCGAGAGGCCUCUUGCAGGACCUGGGCCAUUUUGGUCUCCCUUUGGUGAAGCACAAUCAGGCUCUUCUGCUGGUGACGCAGUGUGGUCAGGGCAUUCUCCACCUCCACCACAAGAAACUUGGGUCAGUUUUGCAGAUACUCCACCAACCAGUACUCUUUUAACCAUGCAUCCUGCUUCUGUCCAGGACCAGACAACAGUACGAACUGUAGCAUCAGCUACAACUGCCAAUGAAAUUCGUAGGCAAUCCAGUAGUUACGAUGAUCCCUGGAAAAUAACAGAUGAACAAAGACAGUAUUAUGUAAAUCAGUUUAAAACCAUUCAGCCUGAUCUAAACGGAUUUAUUCCAGGAUCUGCAGCUAAAGAGUUUUUUACAAAAUCAAAACUUCCUAUUCUUGAACUUUCUCACAUUUGGGAACUUUCAGACUUUGAUAAAGAUGGAGCAUUGACACUGGAUGAGUUUUGUGCUGCUUUUCAUCUGGUAGUUGCUAGGAAGAAUGGCUAUGACUUACCAGAAAAACUCCCUGAAAGCCUAAUGCCCAAACUGAUUGAUUUGGAGGACUCAGCAGAUGUUGGGGAUCAGCCAGGUGAGGUAGGUUAUUCAGGCUCUCCUGCAGAAGCACCUCCAAGCAAGUCUCCGUCAAUGCCGUCACUAAACCAGACUUGGCCAGAGUUGAAUCAGAGCAGUGAGCAGUGGGAGACAUUUAGUGAACGCUCUUCAAGCUCACAAACUCUGACCCAAUUUGAUUCUAACAUUGCACCAGCUGAUCCUGAUACCGCUAUUGUUCAUCCAGUUCCCAUUCGUAUGACUCCAAGCAAAAUCCACAUGCAGGAAAUGGAACUCAAAAGAACUGGCAGUGAUCAUACUAAUCCCACUAGCCCAUUACUUGUGAAACCAUCUGACCUGUCAGAGGAAAGUAAGAUAAACUCAUCGGUGAAAUUUGCUUCUGGAAAUACUGUAGCAGAUGGGUACAGUAGUUCAGACUCUUUUACUUCGGACCCAGAACAGAUUGGAAACAAUGUAACUCAUCAAAGGUCGCAUUCAGGAACGUCACCUGAUAACACUGCACCACCACCUCCCCCUCCAAGGCCACAGCCUUCUCAUUCCAGAUCAUCCUCUUUAGAUAUGAAUCGGACCUUUGCAGUCACCACAGGACAACAACAGGCUGGAGUUGUUGCCCAUCCUCCUGCAGUGCCUCCAAGACCACAGCCCUCACAGGCUCCUGGUCCCGUUGUGCAUCGCCCAGUGGAUGCCGAUGGCCUAAUAACUCACACUAGUACCUCACCUCAGCAGAUACCAGAACAACCAAAUUUUGCAGAUUUCAGCCAGUUCGAAGUAUUUGCUGCAUCAAACGUCAAUGAAGAACAAGAUGAUGAAGCCGAGAAACAUCCAGACAUCUUGCCGGUUGAAAAAGCUUCUGAUUCUGCAAGUUCUCUUCGAGUUGCCAAAACAGAUAGUAAAAUUGAAGAAAAGACAGCUGCUAGUGUUCCCGCCAAUGUGAGCAAAGGCACCACACCUCUUGCUCCACCACCGAAACCUGUUCGAAGAAGAUUGAAAUCAGAAGAUGAGUUAAGGCCAGAAGUUGAUGAACACACACAAAAGACAGGUGUCUUAGCCGCUGUGCUUGCAUCACAGCCUUCUAUUCCUAGGUCUGUUGGGAAAGAUAAGAAAGCAAUUCAGGCAUCAAUUAGACGCAAUAAGGAAACCAACACAGUUUUGGCCAGAUUGAAUAGUGAAUUGCAGCAACAAUUAAAGGAUGUUCUUGAGGAGAGAAUUUCUCUGGAAGUUCAACUGGAACAGCUUCGACCAUUCUCUCACCUAUAAGCCAAUUGCCGUUAACUGUGAACAUACCCAUUUUUAAGCAGUUUUGGGUUCAAGCCAAUUUGGAGACCCAAAUGUUCAGCUCACUGCUUAAUUCAACAUUAAAUUUUAUGAUUCUGUUUUGCCCUAAUGUUCACCUGUAUUUAAGUAUCUUUUAUUUUUUAAUUUCAACAAUAAAAGGGUCAGGAUGACUUUUCCUGGA